AUGGCGGAGAUUGAACAGAAGACAUCAAGGUAAGAAUUUCGCAGUUUUAGUUGUUUAAAGCUGUUUUGUUUUCCAUACGAUUAACUUAAUAAGAUUAUAGGAUUAAAUUCAAAUCUUUUAGUAAGUUUAUGCUGACAAAGAGCGAGAAUACCGAUAAUUUAUAUACGAACUACUUGAUUUUUAAAGUAAAUGAAAUAUUAGCUCAGUUGUAAUAUAUUUAUAAACAUUUUAUAACCGUUAUGGCCGUUUCGAGCGAUAUGAAACAAACUAAAAUGGUAAUUUGAGUUAAUAGUUGGCUAAAAGUGUUUCGUAAUAGUGUGAUGUAUAAAUCAGUAGGAAUGGGAAUCAUGCAUUUUGAUUUUAUAAGUAUAGUUUGGAAAGUUUAAAUUAAAUCAUUAAAUCAUAGCCUGAAUAGAAGCCUGCAAAAAGAGAAAGACACGUUUCCUUUUGACCACCUGUUAUAGGAAAAACAUUAACAGGGGUCCUAUUAACAUGAGGCUGAUGAUAGGAUGCAUACUGAUUACUGUUCUUCAAGUUAGAGGCUCCUAUUAAAGUUAUAGGCUCUUGUUUAACUUAGAGCCACUUCUUAGUGCUUCUUCAAGUUGGGGUCCUUCAUGUUACACCGCCUUCCCCAGGUGGCAUGGCCCCAAUAUCUUGUUAUGUGUUUUGUGACUAUUUUAGUCAUUUGUAAUACAUAUGUUCUCAUAGCCUUAUUUUAACAUUUUGUUCAUUCAUGAUUUUAGCAAGAAAGCAAUGACCUGGACGGAUGAACAUAAUGAAGUACUAAUUCGUGAAAUGUUUUUAUUUCAACCAUGGAACUAUAAAAAAGGAUCGCAGCAACGGGGCCAUGCUUGGGAGAUGAUCAGUGAUUCACUAAAUGAUCUAAAUACUCCAAUGUUUGGUGUGACACAAAAAUCUGUUCGAGACCACUAUACUCUACUCCAGAAACAGCAGAAGAGGAGAUUGAGGGAAGAGGAAAAAGCUUCCGGAAUCUCUCUUGAGCCAUCGGAAGUAGAAAUCGCCAUAGAGGAGAUGAUUGAAUUGUUUAGGAGUAGGGAUGAUGAUGAUAAAGUAUUGGAAGAGAAACAAAAAGAAAAUUCUGUUGCAGAGGUAGGAAAGGCAGUAGAAAUGAGGCAACUGUCAAUGGAAACAUUGGCUGAAAGCAGAAAAAGAAAGUCUGAAAGUAAAGAUGGUGAGAAAUCUAAAAGAAGAGUGUCGACUACUGGUAGUGAAACAAUUGCCUAUUUGCAAAAGAAGUCGGAUGUAGAUGCCCAACUUAAGAGGGAGGAAUUGAGGUUGAGACAAAUUGAAGCUGAAGAAAGAAAGCAACAGCAAAAUAGUGUUACUUCACAGCAGGAAGCUCUUACUAAAGCCUUGACUGACAGCAUUGCUGCACAACAAAGGCAACAAGAACAACUCAUGCAUCAAAUGCAACUUCAAAAUACAGCUCUCCUGUCACUGAUGCAGAGCAUUACUAAGAAGGAGUAA